UUACAGAUUUAUGCCAUCACUUACUUCUGUGUACGGAAAGUUCAUUUCCAUGUGUUGACAAGCGCCUCUACACUAGAAGACAACUUUAGGCACACGGUUUUCAUCGUAUUGAGGACAAUGUUUCCAAAAGUCAGACUCUACACCAUGGGGUGUGUUAUGUUUAGUAUUCUGGCCCUUGUACUGGAGCAAACAUCAGGAGUGGAGAUCGUAAACUGCGGUCCUGAUAAGCCCCUAGUAGUGGACGAAACCUCAACACAUUUUGAAGUCGACUGUGUGAACGUCAACGAAGAGUUCGAGGUCUUCUGGCACUUCAACUAUACAUACGGGGACAGAGCCAUGGACAUGAAGGCAGCACAUUGUGUAAAGAAAAACAAGUGCAAAAACUAUACCCGUUAUGUUAACGUUCACUCAAACUCAUAUAAAAUUGUUGUGAACAUUGCCGAAUUCCUCAAGUAUUAUCUUCUCAAUGGAAUCACUUGCUCAGAGCGCAACCCGCACGGCAUUGAGAGUAGCUACACCUGUGGUAUUCGCAUCAAACGAAAGCUCAAAAAAUAUGGUGGAGUCGUCACCAAGGGAGACUUUGACUCAAAGCGUUACAAAGGCUGACAACUGGUUGAUGAACGAUGGUCCGAAGACUUCGCCGGUCACUAAGUCGGCAAAGAAUAAAGGCUUUAACAAGAACGAUCAGUCAUGUGAUCUGGCUUUGACUUGCAGAUGCUCUCUGCUUUUCUCUUUUUUACGUCAAGUUUAUAUAUAAUAAGUUAAUUAUCUUUGAUUUUAGGACUACAUAAACUUUACAGGUUAUCAAUAUAAGUUAAGAGAAGUUUUUUCCUAAUAGACGACAUAUUUUUUUGUGUG